AAGAAAAUCGACGAACCAAACGAAACAAACUUUAUACACAUACAUAACGCUCUUUUCUCUGUUUCUUCUUCUGUCUGGUCAAAUCCUUUGACGCAUUUCUGCCCUGUCCGAUAUAUCUUGAAGCAUGUGAGAAGAUUUUCGCGAAACCGAGGAAGAAGGAUGUACACAAGACAACAUCGGGAUUUUAGAUUUGGCUUUUACCUUCGUGUAAAGAGUGUGAUUGAAGAGAAGAAGUCACACACGUGAUGCAUUCGAAAGCGAGCGCCGAGGACGAUGAACAAAUUUUUAUCACGGCUGGUGCUCCAGACGAGAUUUCAACAUCUUCGAGAGCUACGGCUGAAGCCAUUAAUUUUGGACAGUCAAUUCAGCAACUGAUAGUCAAUAAAGUAGUAACCGAUAAAUCUGAUAUUGACGACGAUGUAAUAAAAUUGUUGGCGGAAUUUUUAGAUGUCAGAGAUUACAAGACAAACCUUGUAUCGAGUUGGUUACUGAGAACUAUUGCGGAACAGAUUAUCAGUGCAUCAAAUGAAAUAAGUACACACGAUUACAGUACUUUUGUACUUUGGCUUCAUGAAGAAAUCAAUUUAGUAUUUGACAGUCCAGACGUGCAGAGAGAGCAAUUUUUUGAACUUAUGAGUAAUUUGUUUUAUCAAACCUUAUCGGAAAUCCUUAAUGGUAAGGGUGUUCUCCUGCCGUCUCAAUUACUCUACCAUGAGACUAAAAUUGAUACAGAAUUCGCAGAAAGUAUCUCAAGUACAAGUGGAAGCGACGAUAAAAAUGCAUUAGUUAUUAUAGCGAAGAGUGAUAGAGAACAAGUAGAAGACGAAUCGUUUGAACGAAAAUCAUUAGAGCUUAUAAAUCUUGAUGAACAGCUUCUUAACGUUAUAAUAGAAUCGACCUAUCAAAUAUUUGGCACGAAACUUAAUUACACGCUGAUUCGAGCUGCGUGUGAAAAUCAAAAGGACAUUGUUUAUUACACGAUUCCAUAUCAUUUUCGAAAUCCACGAAUAGUUCAAAAAUUCGAAAUUUCAAGACAAGCAUCCACUGCUUCAAACCCAAAAAAUGAGAAGAUGAAGAAGAGAAAAUCGAGCAAGAAAAGUUUCAUAGAAGAAAUGACAGAAAUAACUAAGUUGAUUUCGGUAUUUGAUAUCAAUCAAUUUCGUUUUAUUCUGCCACUUUCGGAAGCCUUGGAGGCUGACAACGUAAUGUAUACUCGUAAAAACAGUGAAAUAGAAACAAACUCUAAUAGCUCUAAUGUAAUAAAAACUUGAUUAGAUAAA